AUGGGUAAGGUCCACGGAUCCCUCGCUCGUGCCGGUAAGGUCAAGGCCGCCACUCCCAAGGUCGACAAGCAGGAGAAGCCCAAGACCCCUAAGGGCCGCGCCCGCAAGAGGAUCAUCUACACCCGUCGUUUCGUCAACGUCACCAUGACCGGUGGCAAGCGCAAGAUGAACGCCAACCCCAGCUCGUAA